AUGAAAGGCAAAAUCGCCCUGGAAGAGUGCUGGACCAUCCCAGAGACCUUCCAGAGCUUCAACCCGACACAAUUUGCCGGUAAAGGCGUCAUCGGGGAUGACCUCAAUGGAAACCUGCUCGAUGUCCACGGUAAACGUCUUCAGGAGAUGAACGAAAAUGACGUCGACUUCAUGGUCCUAUCCCUCAAUGCUCCAGGUGUGCAGAACAUCACGGACCCUGCCGCGGCAGAGAAGCUGGCCGAGAUCGCCAACGACAAGAUUGAAGCCGAAGUUCUGAAGGACCCCCAACGCUUCGCGGCCUUUGCCGCUCUGAGCAUGCAUGAUCCAGCACAAGCCGGACGGGAAUUGCGGAGAUGCAUGACGAAGAAGAAGGGCUUCGUUGGUGCUAUGCUCAAUGACUUCCAGAGCAGCGGACCAGAUGGGAACACGAUGCUCUUCUACGACGACCCAAAGUACGACGAGUUCUGGAAGGUUGCGAAUGAACUAAAAGCACCCGUGUAUCUCCAUCCGCGGACGUCCAGCCCGUUGAUCAAAGAAAUGAUGUGGAAAGGAAGGCCCUGGCUCGACUUCUCAGCCCUGGGAUACGCGAAUCGACUGAAUAUGCACACUCUCGGUAUCAUCACUGGUGGCGUUCUUGAUCGCUUCCCGGAUCUGAAGAUAAUAAUUGGGCACAUGGGUGAACACAUCCCAUAUGAUCUUUACCGUAUCGACCACAAGCUUGACCGCAGCCGUUUCCCGAAUAUGCCGAUGCGGAAGGAUCGACUCGUACGGGAUUACUUUGGUUCCCAGGUCUUCAUCACGACGUCCGGUCACUUCAGCACCCCGGCGCUGAUCUGUGCCAUGACCGAGAUUGGUGCCCGGAGUAUUUGCUUCUCCAUCGACUACCCUUUCGAGUCUAUUCCGAAUGGAUGCUGCUGGUGGGACGAGCAUGUCAGUUCCGUCAUCAACGAACGGGACUUUGUGGACAUGGGCAGGAACAAUGCGUUGAGAAUCUUCCCGAGGUUGACGGAGAGUCUGCAUGGACUGAAGGAGAUGAGUCCAGCAGAGUGUGGAGUUGGCGGGCUCCGGGCCAACGACGGAGAAGUGACAUUCGGGAUGUACAACAAGGAUUUCAAUAAAAGGGGAAGAAAAGUGUACUGA